AUGGCAAAGAAAUACUCGUCGAGUGUCCAGCAAAGAAUACAGCUUGAAGAGGAACUUGACCUUAAGUUAGGAUUCGACAAGUACGAUCAUGGGCAACCACGAAUAGGGUGGUUAUUUAAUAUGACAACUACUAUGUUGGAAGAUAAGAAAAACAUUCGUGGAAGGUCAGCCGUAAAAUAUUACUUUUUUGAGGAGGAUGGUGGUCUUUUCACAUGCACACGUUUUUAUAACCCUUAUUUCUACGUGAGAUGCAAGGAUGGUACGCACGCAGAAGUUGCCUCUGCUUUAAUGAAAAUGUUUGACAAAUUGAUUUAUAAGAUAGUUGAAGAGCACAAGAAACAAGAUUUAAAAGAGGCAAAUCAUCUUGUUGCGUCUUGUCAUACGUUUCUAAAACUCAUUUUUCGCAAUGUACAAGACUUGGUUGACUCUCGAUGGAUGAUGGCACAUAUUCGGGUUGGGAUGUGGUACGUAGUAGAGGCUGUUGCUAGAGAAGACGGUGUCAACAUCCAGAUGACACCAAUUCAUGAAAGAGGCGAUCGCCCAGAUCUGGUUGUGUUGGCUUUCGAUAUUGAAACAACGAAGCUGCCUUUGAUGUUCCCUGAUGCAGCGAGAGACAUGAUAAUGAUGGUCUCAUACAUGAUCGAUGGAAUGGGGUUCCUAAUUAUCAAUCGUGAAGUGGUCGCAGAAGAUAUCGAGCCAUUUGCUUACUCCCCUGAUAGAGACAUGAUAGGGGAGUUCAAGAUAUUUAAUGAAAAGAACGAGAGGACGAUGUUGCAACGGUUUUUUAAGGAAAUUCGUAAAUAUAAACCGAAUAUUAUUGUAACUUAUAAUGGCGAUAACUUUGAUUGGCCGUUUGUCGAACGAAGAGCGCACGAAUAUGGAAUUAACAUGCGUUCUGAAAUAGGAUUUUACUGCUUUGAUGAAUAUUAUAUUAGCAAGCAGUGUGUACACAUCGACUGUUUACAUUGGGUUAGAAGAGACAGUUACCUACCUGUCGGUAGCCAUGGUCUCAAAGCCGUUGCCAAAGCCAAGUUAGGCUAUAAUCCCGACGAACUGGACCCGGAAGUUAUGACUAGAUUUGCGGUUGAACGGCCACAGACGUUAGCUCAAUAUUCGGUCUCUGAUGCUGUAGCAACUUACUAUCUAUACAAGAAAUACGUUCAUCCAUUUAUUUUCUCGCUAUGUAAUAUUAUCCCGCUUAAUCCCGAUGAUAUAUUGCGCAAGGGAUCCGGAACUCUAUGUGAGGCAUUGCUGAUGGUAUCUGCGUAUAAAGCAGAUAUAAUGAUACCACAUAAACAUGGAGAUGAACUCCACAAGUUUACUGCAGGCGGACCAGACGGGAAACUCAUCCAAAGUGAGACAUAUGUAGGAGGACAUGUGGAGGCAUUGAUGGCGGGUGUUUAUCGGUGUGAUUUACCAGUCGAUUUCACUAUUAAUUCUGAUGGCAUUGACAAACUUAUCGCCAGCGUGGACCAAACACUCCGAUUUGGUAUCGAAACAGAGUGGGAGAAGAAACUGGCCGAAAUUGCUGAUUACGAAGAAGUCAAACAAAGCGUUAUAAGAACGCUUGAAAUUAUUCGUGAUAAUAACCCUGUUUUGCGGGCGGAACCCCUAAUAUAUCAUUUAGAUGUUGCCGCCAUGUAUCCAAACAUUAUACUAACCAAUAGAUUACAGCCUGAUUCAAUAGUUAGCGAGAAUGUCUGUGCAAAUUGCGAUUUUAAUGUCCCAGGAAAGACGUGUGAUAGACGCAUGAAGUGGGUAUGGCGUGGUGAGGUGUGGCCCACAGACCGCGGAGAAUAUAAGAGCAUUCUAGAUCGAUUGGAAAGCGAAUCGUUUCCAGGGAAGACCUCGUUUGACGCUAAGCGUAACUGGCAUCAGCUUACAACGAAUGAACAGGCAAAAUACAUACAGGAACGCCUUGGACAGUAUUCUUUGAAACAGUACAAGAAAAAAAAGGAAACUAUGUCCGAACAAAGGGAAGCGAUAGUCUGUCAACGCGAACGCCCAUUUUACGUAGAUACCGUACGUGAGUUUCGUGAUAGACGAUAUCAAUACAAAAGUUUACUCAAAACUUCUAAACAAAGAUUAGAAAAGGCGAUCAAGAACCGCGAUGUAUCUGAGAUUGAGACGGCUAGACAAGAAAUUAUUCUGUAUGAUUCAUUGCAGCUUGCUCACAAGUGUAUUUUGAAUUCCUUCUAUGGAUAUGUCAUGAGAAAGGGAGCCCGAUGGUAUUCUAUGGAAAUGGGAGGUGUUGUAUGUUUAACAGGCUCAUCUAUUAUUCAAUCUGCUAAAGAAUUGGUAGAGCGAGUUGGCGCUGCUCUCGAACUGGAUACGGAUGGAAUUUGGUGUAUCUUUCCGAAGACAUUCCCCGAGAAUGUCACAUUCACAUUGAAGAAUGGGGAGAAGCUAAAUGUUUCGUUUCCAUGUGCAAUGCUAAAUCAAAUGGUUCAUGAGCGAUACACAAAUGAACAGUACCAAGAACUUGUCAACAAAGAAACGCAUGAGUAUAAGACAAGGAAAGAGAAUAGUAUAUUUUUUGAAGUUGACGGACCUUACCGUGCAAUGAUACUGCCUGCUUCAACUGAAGAAAAUAAAUUAUUAAAGAAGAGAUAUGCGGUCUUUAAUCAUGAUGGUAGUCUCGCAGAACUAAAGGGAUUCGAGGUAAAACGACGGGGUGAAUUGAAACUUAUCAAAGUCUUUCAAGAGCUUGUGUUUGACGCGUUUCUGCGGGGUAAAACGCUCGAGGACUGUUACCAAUCAGCAGCAGAAAUCGCAAACGCGUGGGUGGACAUUCUCGAGAGUGAAGCAAGGGAUCAUCCAGACUGGUACCUGAUUGAUAUGAUAUGCGAGCAGAAAAGCAUGUCUCGUUCGCUGGAGGACUACGGUGAGCAAAAAUCGACAGCAAUUACGGCAGCAAAACGUCUUCAGGAAUUUUUUGGCAAAGACGAUGAUGUGAGUCAACGUGCUAUUCCAAUAGCGAUAUUCUCGGCAAGCAAAGAGAUUAAAACAGCAUGUUUGAAGAAAUGGCUGCGAAAUACCAAUAUCGAAGGGGAUAUUGACAUUCGAGAUAUAUUGGAUUGGGAUUAUUACAAGAAAAGACUUAAUGCAACUAUUCAAAGACUAAUUACAAUACCUGCUGGCUUGCAAAAUAUUGUCAAUCCUGUUCCUCGUGUGUCGAAUCCAACAUGGCUAUCGAAAAGGUCUCAGAAUGAUAGACAGCGACUUAUUACAUCCUUCUUUGCUGAGUCAUUUCCAGUUGAUUUAAAUUCACACAAAGCGAAGGUUGGUUGUAUGGAGAACAAUGACAAGAACGUCGGACCAGAAAUGAAUGAAAACGAAAAUGAUGAAGCUUGCCCAGAAGAAAGCACCCUGGAACCUGCUGACGAUGUAGUCACUAUUGCGCAAAGUGAUGACGAUAUUGGUCAGAAGCAAACCGAAGUGGGUAGCGAGCUUGGGAUGAAGCGCUUCGCGGAUGAUCGCUAUGAGACUUCUCAGAGAAAACAAGUUAAAAUAACACACGGUAAACAGGGGAUCAGCAGUGAUUCUGCAACGGAUAAUUCGGUAGAUACGUUGCGACGUAAGUUACGUAAACCGUCUAACGUCUUUGACAGAAUAACGAAGAAAUCUUUUUCAAACACGAUGAACAAUAAGCCCCAUGUUUACCGGCAAAGAUUUUGUAAGAAUGGCGAUCCUUUCACGAAUUAUAACGCAUGGAUCAAGAGCAUUUGUAAACGGCGCGCUGCAUUUAAUGACUGGAAAGCGAUUCAUGUUAUUGAGAGUGACGUACAUGGUGAGCUAAUUAAAUGGCUUUCCGACGGAUUCUCAAUAAGGCGAAGACGAGUUAAAACUAAAGACGAUGAAAACACAAACAGUAUAGGCUUACCCGCAAACAUCAAUCACAUAAUUGAUUUAGAACGUAGCAGAAAACAUUUAAUUGGGAAUGAAUUUGAUUACUUGUACAUUAAUCAUACAAUGCUCGAUGACGAUCAUCAGAUGUUCGCCGUUUUUUCGUCCUUCUCAGACGAUGCCAUGAUAUUCAGUGUCGACAAUUUGCGAGAGACUUCGAUUUGGGAAAGACUAUACACGCAAGUGUAUCAUACUUUCGAAGAAGAUUGCCCGGAAGUUCUCCAAGGCAAAAAUAGACUUUUCGUUUAUUCUCAGAAGCUGACCUUCGACGUAACGUAUUAUAGGAACAUUAAGCAGACUUUGACAAGUAUAUCCAAUCAACUGUCUUAUUGUAAAGAACAACAAACACGUCCCACUAUCGUGAUUCUUCAGUCACCGUUAGCUCUCAGAAUUUUGGCGGCCGAUUUAACUGCGCUCAGGGACUUCCCCGUCCUGUGCUUACAACCAGACAUGUCAGAUUUGCAGAUUUCCGUUGAUUGGAGGAGGCAGAAUGCACGCAAGGCGAUAACCAGCUUCUUGAGUCUUGGAGCCUUAUUAACUGAGCGAUUUGAAAUAUCUCGAUAUGCCAACGUUCCCGUUUGUAACGUCGGUGAUGAUUGGGCAAUAUUCUGCUUAGACGUAUUUUUGGCACGACGAUUAAAGAAAAGAGGAUUUGUUGAUUGGCCUUUUCCCGAUCAGAAGAUGCCUGCGUGGCAGCAAACCAGUGAAGAUAAUUUACGUACCGGAAGGCAAUUCACAGAUGCUGUAAUAAAUGCGCCGGGUGUUUAUACUACGAUAUGCGUAGCAAUGGAUGUGCAUAAUUUAGCAAUUGACGCUAUACUUGCAUAUGGUUUGGAUAGCAUACCUCAUGUUGCAGCCCACAAGAUAUUACCAAUAAUUCGUGAUAUGCUACGAGAACUGCGCGCUAAAACUAAUCCCGGAGAAAUCCAGUUGACAACCAAACUGUUUAAUAAUUUUGGACGAUGGGUUACUACUCGUAGAUCUGCCAUGUAUGACCGCCGGUUUGAUUAUGCAGUACAUUAUUUGAUGUAUAAGGCUGCGAAGCAACUGGCAGAUGAGUUUUCCGAUGUUGGAUGUACCGUCGUACAUGCUGACAUCUCAAAAUUCGUACUUGCGACAAAAAAGACAACGCUUGAGAACGCUCUUCCUUAUAUUAACCAAGCAGAGGAUAUUGUUUCGAAGAAGUCUGUAUUUAAAAACCUCAAACUACAUAGAACUGACUACUGGAUAUAUCUCCAAUGGCACGAUCUACAUAACUACGGCGGCAUCCUAAUUACUAAUAAGAAUUUGCCUGCAGUUGAUAUGCAUUGGAUUAUUGCGGAAUAUCUCCCCCAUCAAAUACGGCAACAAUUUAAUACAAUCAUUACUGCAUAUAUCAAGAUGGCAUGGCAACAACAUAGUAAACCGAUAAGACAGAGUGCAUCAGUUAUUGAAAUCUUCAAGAAGAUGCUAUUGAAAGUUAUGGAUAAUUUUCAUAAAGAAGAGCAUAAGUUCGAGUUCCCGCGCAUACCAGGGUCACCAUUUGCUAAAUCGACGAGACCUGCAGCUGAGUUUGCGAACGUUAUAUGUAAUAUUUUUGCUAUUGAUGAAGAAUUAAGACUUGAAGUUAUGGAUCUGCGUAAGAAAUUAAUGAGUAUUACGAACAUGAGCGCACACGCUCAGCUAGCAGGGCCUAUUAGGGGAUUCGAACUCGUCCGCAUUGAUUGUCGUGGGUGUUAUGCCAGCCGUAAUUUAGAUUUUGCUCGUGAUUCUGACCUCGUAUCUGAAGAGAGGAAAGCAUCAUGGAGUUGUACUCAGUGCGGCAAGGAUUAUGAAAGGUGGAGGAUAGAAGGAGCACUUGUUGAGCUGGUUCAUAAUUGGUUGUCUGGACGUCGAGUCGGAAAAACGGGAGAAGAUGAUCGAUUUUUGCAAUGGCUUGUGGAUUUGGCAGAUUUGCAUCAAAUGAAAUUAUUGGAAGAAGUCGUGGGAUUUGUCAACAAUCAUUUGUAA